UUUAGAGUAGCUUCUUCGAAUCAGAUCCAUUCCAUUUGCCAGAUUCAGAAUAACAAAUCAGAUAAAAACCUUCUUAUGAAUUCAUAUAUCCAGACUUUGGAGAAGGGCCAAAUAUCACCUGGUGUUGUCAUUUGUGAUUCUCACAUAGAAACAUGUUCAGUCAAUAUUGGUACAAGCUCAUAUAUUUCAGGCAUCAGUUACCUUGAACCUCUUUGUGCUUUAGUUAUACCUAAAGAUCUUGCUGUGAUAAAAGUUUUUAUGCAAAAUGAUAUUCAAUCUGAACUCUUUGUGAUAUUUGGCAUACAAGAGAAUUUAAUGGCUCCAGUAGAUCUCAGCUGUAGUUUUUUCUGUAAUAAACCUUGGAGUAGCCUUCUAGAACACCUGGGAGUUGAGGAAAAUGAAAUUUGGAAUUCUAACUUGAGCUCAAAAGAAAGACGUUUACUAAAUGCAAAAUUAUAUUCAACUAAUUUAUCAAUAGUAGAAGCUCUUACUUUAUACCAUAGUGAGGAUCCUUCUUCUAAGGAAUUUUUGGAAUUAGUGAAAAGAUGGAAGAAACAUGAGCACUACUCUAUUGAAGAUAUACUGGAAAGAAUUAAUUACUCAAGAGUUUUCCAGAAUAGAAGAAACAUGUAUAACAGAGUAUCUUCUGAGAUAGUAAAGAAAACCUUAAUGAAUAAUGAAGAUUUACCAUUGUUGCCAUAUUACUCUACAGCCUGCUGUGAAGAAUUGGCAGAUUUUCUUAUGGAUGCCUUGGAUCAUGUAUUAUUAUCUGAUGCUAGUUCUGUAAUUAAAACCAGAGCAUUAAGUCACAUGGCUGAUCUGCUUAGUGUUAUGGCCGGAAUAACUGGAGGUCUCAGAAGUGGUCCUGGUAAUAAUCCAGCAUGGACAAGUGCAUUUACUUUUUUGAUGAAUAGUAACAUUAUUGAGGGGAUGAAAGCUUUGCAGAAUGAAAGGUCAAACUGGUUAGAUCGUCCAGACCAUAUUAUGAGAGCUGCUCGUCAUUACGAUAGAGCUGCCCAAAUUUUGAUUUUGAUAUCAGUAAAGACUGUUUUAGAGUGUAUAGUUUUAAGUCCAUCAUCACUGCCUGAUAUAGGAACAUAUAUAACUGCUGAAUGCCCUGCAAGAAUUGACCUUCAAGGGGGUUGGUCAGAUACACCUCCAAUAUGUUAUGAGCUUGGUGGAUCUGUAGUAAAUGUUGCUGUGCUAAUUGACGGAAAGAAACCAAUUGGUGCAAGGGCUCGUAGAAUUAUUGAACCUCACAUUUUGUUGAAACUUGGUCUUGAGGAAAUGUGCCAUGAAGUCCUCAUAAAAGAUAUAAAAGAUGUACUGAAUUAUGAUCAGCCAAACGCCCAAGGUGCACUCCUGAAAGCUGCUUUACUUUGUACAGAAAUAGUAAAUGUUGACUCUCAUUUUACAUUAUCACAACAACUUAUGUCAAGGUUCAGUGGAGGAUUUGAAGUGCAAGCAUGGUCAUUACUUCCGCAAGGCUGUGGUAUGGGCACUAGUAGCAUAUUAGCUGGGGCUAUUGUGAGUGUUUUAUGGACAGUAUCUGGGAAAGCUUUUGACAAGUUGGCAAUAAUUCAUGCUGUUCUUUAUGUGGAACAGCUAUUAACAACUGGAGGAGGUUGGCAGGAUCAAGUUUCAGGUGUUUUAGGUGGAAUAACAAGAGGGUAUUCUGAAGCUGUAUUACCUUUAUGUGUUAAGUAUGAACCUAUUUCUCUACCUGAAGAGCUGAUAGCUAAACUCAAUUCACAUUUGUUAUUGCUUUACACAGGAAAAGUUCGAUUAGCAAAAAAUCUUUUACAGAAUGUCAUUCGCAGUUGGUAUGCUAGAGAAGAAAUUGUGGUAAACUGUUUUAAAGAUUUGAUAUCAUAUUCACUUCAGAUGAAACAGGCCUUGAAAAAUGGUGAUUUUUAUCAAAUUGGUUUUUUAAUGAAUAAAUACUGGGAACAAAAGAAGAUAUUAGCUCCUGGCUGUGAACCUGCAACAGUGAAAGGAAUAAUGGAUAUCCUAAGUUCCUUGUGCUAUGGUCAGUUACUAGUUGGAGCUGGUGGUGGUGGAUUUAUGUGCAUUUUGACUAAAGAACCUAAUGAUAAAGCGAAUAUAAAAGCAGCACUACAUAAUUUUAAGGAUAGUAAAAAGUUGUCAAUUCAUACUGUAAAUAUUGAUUUGACAGGACUAGAAAUACAAAAAUCACCAUAAUUCCAGAUAUUUGUAUGUUAUAUUUUUAUUUAAAAUUCCAAAUCAUGUUUAUAAUUUUGAAUAAACAAGCAAAUGUCAAAUCAUAUGAUUAUAAGUAAGUUUAGUGUUUUUAUGUCAUAUGUAAUCUUAAUGAUUAUAUGCAUAUUUUUUAAUAAAUUUAUUAUUUUUUCUUAA